AUGUCUCCAUCUCCUGAUAAUUUUCUCCUUUUUCCUAUAUUCUCUGCUGCUUUGGCUAUCGCAGUUCUGGUUAUAAUCCCAAAAUUGCGUCAGCAGUCUGAAGAAAGGUCCAACUCAGCACUUCCUGUUGAAAACUGUGAGCCACGGUCGUGUUUUGGAGAUGAUGAUGAAGAACUUGAGCUGGAGUUUCUUCCAUACGGCCUAUGGAUUAUAUACCCUCUACACGCAUUAUGCCUGGUGCUUCCUGCGCUGAUAUUCGGCGUCUUUUUGCUACACUUUGGAACCGAAAGAUGGCUGUCAUACAUGCCAAUUUGCGGCACAUACUCGAACGGUUUGUCAUCUCUGGCAACAACUGUCGCCGUUGUUACCCUGAUGCUGGUACCAGGGACUGGAUGCAUGCUGUACCUUAGUCUCCAGCACACCGGGCUCCUCUCGGCUGCUUUAUUGUCAUUCCUGACCGUCUUUUUGGUUGGAGUUGGUUUCCAGCUCUACACACGAAGAGCUCAAUAUCUGCAGCCGGCAAUCCAACUUCUUUUCUUUGCGUUGGUCUUUCUAAUCCUCGACAUUAUCUUGCCACUAAAAGCUUUGAAGUCAGGUGAUCAAAGAAACGUGGCUGCAUGGGUUCUGUCAUUUAUCCCGUCGUUCCUUGCAGUAGUCACGUGUGUCUAUCGACUAGCCAAACCAGCUGAGAAAGAGAAUGGUAAAAAGAAUUCGUCUAUCGACCACAAAGGUGACGCACCACACCACGCCGUUGUGACCAACGCGAAUAACAAAUCCUUCACAACACCAAGCAGUAUGCAACCUACUGCGGCUGCAAUUGAGAUGGAAGAUAUGAGCAUGGGCGGCAGGACUAAUGUUCGACAUCACGAUUUACCGUUUGCAUUUGUAGAUACAACAAGAACUGUUUACCCAUGUCGAGCGAUUCGGAGCGCCGAGAAAACGGAACCUCGGGAGCUGGUAUAG